AUGGUGUAUCAGUUCUCUCUUAUGCGCCUGGUUGCCAUGGUUGCCUGUGCGCUUGCCGUCUUCCUGGCACUGGCACCUGCUGCCACUAUACCUAAGGCCGGUUCUGUCCCCAGGAUGGAGCCUGCUGGCCAGGAGCCAGAGAUUAUUUUGAAGAAGAUCAAUGUCAACCUCCUCGCCCCGAGAAGCAACUCGGAGUGUCCCCAAGACCGAAAUGUUUCUGGGAUGGCCGCCCGAAACACAAUAAGGAUUAAAGGCGAACCCGGUUGCGCUGUGGGGAGCUGA